AUGCCUGGGCUCAACCAGUUUGUUCCGCCGCCCGACUCGCGGGAGCUCCUCCCACCACUACUGGCCUGCCUCUCAACGGCGAGAGCAUCGAAACAGACGCCUCCAGGCUUGCUACCCCUGCUGUCGCCUAUCCUCCGUCAGCGAGUACAACUUCUCUCCUCCGAUGAGUGGCUCUCCCUGCUAUGCUGGGACAAAGAAGCUGGCUCCAGACUACCACAAACCAUUGAGAAGAUACACGUUGAGCCUCACCCCUCUUCAGGCGAGAUCGAGGUGGAAGAGCCAGAUCAAACACUGUACCGGCGAUCAGACCCAGAGACGCUACACUCAAGACUCGUGUUGGGCGAGUUCGGCCUCAUACCGACAUAUCUGUGGUGCACGGGUGGAGAGGGCGGCAGUCGGUGGUUGCUGGCAGAACUGAGAGGUGCACAAGACGCUGAGGAUGGCACUGAAUGGUUCACCAACAUCAGCGAGGCAGACGAGGCAGGAUUCCGGCGAAAGCCAGCCAAAAGAAGUGAAGUUGUGGCCGAGCGAGAGACCCUACAACCAGAGCCUGCGAGAGAGGAGGAGGGUGACGACGAUGCAUACUGGGCCGCGUACGACCAAACCCCGGCGCAAACGCCGCAUCUGAAGCGCUCUCCCGCACCACAAGCCGCGAGUCGAACGCAGGUCGGACCAACACAGUCAGAACUAGAGUACUUUGCACGAUAUGCUCAGGAAGUACAACCCGCGCUCGAUGCCCACGACCCAGACGAAGAAAACAUCGCACCUGGCGAAUCAACACUGAACGGCAACACCUUGGACUACUCCCGCGAGCCACAGGUCGAACCACUCGAAACCUCGAAUUUGGGACCAAACGGCUACGAUUCGUCGUUGCCCCCGCCAUACGCAAAUGUCAAUCUAGACGCAUACGAAUCACAAAGGGAGUCCAUCGAAGAUGAUGCGCUGAACCACCCACGGCCAUCCUCCUCCGCGUCGUCAAAAUCCGUUGAAAGGCUGGAGCGCCAAGCACGGAAUUCUAGCCAGGCUGAGCUCGCGAUCAAGCAGCACAUCAGCACCGACAUCAAGAGCUUGUUUCGACUGGCAAAAGCAUCGGGCAUUGACAGGGAGGAGUUUGAGAGAAUCAUUAUGAGAGAGUUGGAGGUUUUGCCGCUGUUGGAGCAAGAGCAAUGA